AUGGUCUUCACGACCUCGAACCUGAUCUGGUCAACCAUCGUUGCCUCAGGCGUCGCCGCCGCCGGCCUCGUCAGCAUGAUCUGGCUGGGCGCCUGGAUUGUCAACGCCGCAGACGGCAUGCGCGCGCCGGCUGCGGCGGCGCCGGCGGCGGUGGCGACGCCCCCGCAAAAGCCAAAGUCGCUGGCUGAGCUCAUAGCUGAGCGCAAGGCGGAGCUUGAGGACGAGCUCCAGCAGCUACAGCAGCUGCCUCGCACGUCCGAGGUUAAGCAGCGGCUGUCCGAGGUCCGAGGAGAGCUGCGCACCUUCAGGCCGCCGGGCUCGUGGUGGUGGCCGUUUUGA